AUUAAAUUACCUAUUUCUUCUAAUAUUAUCAGUCGUAUAUGUUGUAUUUGUCCUUUAUGAUAGAGAAAUUUUUCUCAUUUCAUUAUUUUUUAUGUGGUGUAGCUUGGUGGCUUCAAUUCAACAUUACCAGGCAAACGUCGACUUUCUGUACUUGUUUCUUGUGUUUCCACCAUCAUUAUUGCCAUGUUUGUAAUUCUUUUGCUAUUGCAGGCAUUAAGUCGAAGCAGUUAUGGUUCUCAACCUCUCCUUAGUAAUUAUUCUAUUUCUAUCCAUUUCUCACUAUUGAAUGGUAUUAAUCAAUAUUUUACUAAUUUUUUGGUUGAAGAUCAUUCUUAAGGUAUUAUGUUACAUUAAAUUACCUAUUUCUUGUAAUAUUAUCAAUCGUAUAUGUUGUAUUUGUCCUUUAUGAUAGAGAUUUCCUUAUCAUUUCAUUAUUUUUUAUGUGGUGUAGCUUUGUGGCUUGAAUUCAACACCUACAAGGCAAACGUCGACUUUCUGUACUUGUUUCCUGUGUUUCCACCACCAUUAUUGCCAUGUUUGUAAUUCUUUUGCUAUUGCAGGCAUUGGGUCGAAGCAGUUAUGGUUCUCAACCUCUACUUAGUAAUUAUUCUAUUUCUAUCCAUUUCUCACCAUUGAAUGGUAAUAAUCAAUAUUUUACUAAUCUUUUGGUUGAAGAUCAUUCUUAAGUUAUUAUGUUACAUUAAAUUACCUAUUUCUUGUAAUAUUAUCAGUCGUAUAUGUUGUAUUUGUCUUUUAUGAUAGAGAUUUUUUUAUCAAUCAAUUAUUUUUUAUGUGGUGUAGCUUGGUGACUUGAAUUUAACAUUACAAGACAAACGUCGACUUUCUGUACUUGUUUCUUGUGUUUCCACCAUCAUUAUUGCCAUGUUUGUAAUUCUUUUGCUAUUGCAGGCAUUAAGUCGAAGCAGUUAUGGUUCUCAACCUCUACUUACUUGGUGGCUUGAAUUCAACACUACAAGGUAAAUGUCGACUUUCUGUACUUGUUUCCUGUGUUUCCACCAUCAUUAUUGCCAUGUUUGUAUUGCUUUUGUUAUUGCAGGCAUUGAGUCGAAGCAGUUAUGGUUCUCAACCUUUACUUAGCAUUGAGUCGAAGCAGUUAUGGUUCUCAACCUCUACUUAUUGGAGAUAUGAGAGGGAGAAGGCUUCAAUCCAAGAAAUGAGUGAUGAAACUUCAAUAAUAAGUGGGGUUGAUCGGUUCAAGAGACCGUUUGCACAUCUUGAGGAGCAUUAUGGGAACAGUGAACGAAGCACUCCAUUGCAGAGACAACAUGUCUCCUUACCUAGAGAGAGAGUUUGUGCUCCCAAGGAUGAAAGUAAGUAACAGAACGAUAUUGAAAAUGUUCCAGGGUCUAAUGCGACAGGUGCUCAAAAUGGAACCUCCAGAUCAAACUACAGUGCGCGUAGCUUGUUAAAAAGUGCUAGUAUUAGUGCUUCCAAGUGUGUAGUUGUGAAACAAAAUAAAGAUCCAGAGCAAGAGGCAAUCAAGGAGAUAAAUGAUGAGACGAUGGAUGGAGUGACAUGUUGCUGCCCUCCAUGCUUGAUUUUGAUUUUGGUGUUGCUUCGUACCUUCUUCCAUGCUCUGAUUCUUUGAACAACGAGAGAGAGGUGGUGAUGGUGGUUUGAAACACUGUUUUAAGAAGGCCAAGCAAAAGCUCCUUAACUCUGCACUCGUUUGACACAUAAACCCACGCACGGCACUUGAAGUGUUGCUUCACCUGGGUGCUGUUAUAGACCUUUCGG